AUGCCACGUGUGCAGCGAUCUCUAUCUGCUGAGGACCUUUACCAGCGAUAUCGUGAGACAUCAAGUCAUCCGCCUGGCAUCCCAGCUUCUUCUCCUUCGCAGGAGAUACCAGGACAGCAAGAAGAGACACAGGCCCAAAACUCGGCUGGCAUCUCUGCCCUUCCACCCCCGUCCCCACCUCCACCUAUACCACGAGAUUUCGAAGCACUAAGACAUCGACAUCGACCAAUCUCGCCACAGCCAGUCAGACAGCCACUCAGCCCGAGGCUACCGGAUCCACCUAUCUUCAAUGGUGUUGAUAGAUCCAAAUUUGAGGACUGGAAAAUGAGAAUUAUGGACAAACUCAGCCUCAACAAGGACCACUACCCUACCGACGCUUUUCAAAUAAACUACGUGGUAUCGCGCCUUGGAGGAAACGCUGUCGAGCACACGGUACCUAGACGCCGAAAGACUACAAAAAAUCCUUAUCUCUCAGUCGACGACCUCCUGGAUCAACUAAGUGAUCUUUAUGAGACUCCAGCAGACGUUAUUCGACAAAGGAAUGUUUAUGACUAUUCAACCUUCAGAAGACGUGAUAGUCAGUCAUUUUCCGAGUAUUACACAGAGUUCAUGAAACAUGCCGCGUACAUGCAGGAGUAUGGCGAUAAAGAAUAUCAGAUCAAUGUCAUUCAGCUAGAUCUCAUAAUCGACUUAAGGAAUAGGGCAAACCUCCGUCUCCUGGACGAAUAUGCUAUGUACGGAAGAAAGUGGACAUUGCCAGACCUGAAGGAACACCUCAUUAUGUUAGAAUACCGUGAUCUGAUGUAUGCCGAACGGCUGGCAGACAAGAAAGCAAAGGUAUUUGCCAAACAGUAUGCCAAGGCGAGACUCGAAGAUGCAAUGAAACCACGUGGCAAAUAUGCUAUUAUUCCUCGCCCUGAUCCAGAGGAAUAUAGGCGAUAG